GACGUAUGGGACGUAACCGUGUAGUGUACACUUGUGUCAAUUUACGUAUUGUCAAAUCAUGUCGAUAUGAAGUAACCAAUUUUUUUUAUUAUAAUAAUAAAUGAGUGUCUUAAACUCAUAUAAUUUUAUAAUAUUAGCCAAUUAGUGAACCAAUAUCAAGUUUGAGUGUGAUAUUAAUUCAUAUUAACUUUUUAUUCAAGGUGUCAGGAAAGUGAGGAUGCGGUUUGUAAUAUUGUUAUUCACGGUGUUGGUGCAGUUACAACUUAUUUCCCAUGGAAGUUGUCGAGUCAAGAAAUCCAAGUCUGUAACAACUCUUCUAGAUGCAAAGUGGGAAACAACUCCAUUAGUUUUAGAAGUAGUUGAAUAUCUAGGAGAUGAAAAUGAAGACUUUUUCUGGAGUUAUGUUAAUUCCAUUUCUAGUUUAAAUCCGCCGUUAGUUAAACUAGGAAAUGAUAAGGAAAAAUAUAAAGUAAUGAUGGACCAUGCCUCUAAAUUAAUAACUCCAUCAGAACUAUCAGUAUUGAAGUUGGGGUUGUCUUUACAUAUUUAUUCACCUAAAGUACAAAUGUUUCAACAAAUUGCUGGUGAGCGAAAUUUGCCAAAUUGUCCUGCAAUAGCUGAUAUUGGAGGAACUUUUACCUGCGACGCGGAUAAAAUUAAAUCGUUGAUUGACAAUUACAAAGAGGGUGAAAAUAAAGUUGAUGUCUAUAAUGUAGAUACACAUUAUCCAGGAUCAGAAAAUCGUACUAAAGUUGCCAUUCUUUAUGCUGAAUUAGGUACCAAAGAAUUUUCACAGUUUCAUAGUGUUCUCAAACAAGAAGCAGAAGAAGGUAAAAUUGACUAUAUUGUCAGACAUUAUAUCCAGAAUGCAAGUAACAAAAAAUUAAGGCUCUCGGGUUAUGGAGUUGAACUGCAAAUGAAAUCAACUGAGUAUAAAGUACAGGAUGAUGCAGAACUUCAUGAUGACCCUUCUUCAGAGGAAUCUUCUCAAGAGGAGGAAGAGUCUGAAAUUGAGGGAUUUGAUUUCAAAAAACUCAAAAAGUUGUUUCCUGAUAACAAAAAAGACUUAGAGAAAUUUCGGCAACAUCUUGAGGAAUCUUCAAAUGAAAUGGCACCACUGAAAGUGUGGCAAUUCCAAGAGCUGAGUUUACAAGCGGCAGAACGUAUCAUGAGUGCACCAAGAGAUGAGGCCUUGAAAGUUUUUACAAACAUUGCUCAAAAUUUUCCCAUGCAAGCAAAAGGACUUGUGAAAACUGUAGUAAAUGCAGAAUUAAAAAAAGAAAUGAAAUUAAAUUCAGACAUCUUUGCCUCAACAUUAAAUUUGCAACCAUCUGAUACGGCUCUUUUUAUAAAUGGAAUGUUUUAUGAUGUAGAUCUAGUUGAUGUGUAUGGUAUUCUUGAUAUUUUACGACAAGAACUGAGGACAAUGGAAGGUCUUCAUAAGAUUGGCAUUGGGAAUAAAAAAAUGUCGUCUUUACUGGCUCUUGAUUUUGGAGAAAGUGGAAAUAGCCAGGAUUUUGCAAUUGACAUACGAGAUUCUGCCAUUAAUUGGAUAAAUGAUGUUGAGAACGAUUCAAAAUACAGUAGAUGGUCGUCAAGCGUGAUGGAGUUAUUAAGACCUACAUUCCCAGGGAUGAUACGGCAAGUUAAGAAGAACCUGUUCAAUUUAAUUAUUAUUAUUGAUCCAACUGAACCAAAGUCAAGAGAGUUGGUUAAAUUACUGGAAUCAUUUGUGGUGCAUACAGCGCCUUUACGGGUUGGAAUUGUGUUUGCUGUUGAUUCUUCCACCGAGCUAACGGGAUUGAAAGACGCUGGCGUGGCUAUGCAAUGCGCCUUUAAUUAUGUUUCACAGAAGAAAAAUCCACUGGCAGCGUUGAGCUUUGCUAAAACGGUUCUCACAUCCGCCGAUGAGGAAGUAACUGUUGAAAAUGUAAAAACAGAAUUAAAGCAGCAAUUUGGCGACGAUUAUCUAGAUGUUUUAGACGAAGAUUCAGACUACGAUUUCGGUCGUCAGUUGUCUCUAGAUUUCAUUCAACGUACUGGUCAACGAGUACUUCCCCAAGCUCUUCUCAACGGCAUUCCUCUUCCAAGCAGCAGUUUAACCGUUGAUGAUUUCGAAGAAGUCGUUUUACAAGAAGUCAUGUCACAAACUUCAUCACUGCAAAAAGCGGUUUAUCGUGGCAAACUAACGGAUUCUGAUGAUGUCGUUGAGUAUUUAAUGAAUCAACCUAACGUUAUGCCUCGUUUAAACGAAAAAGUUCUUAAUAAAGAUCAGUCUUUAUAUUUAGAUAUGACUGGAAUCGCGAGCAGUACGAUGAACGUUGACGACUUAGCAAAAUUAUCUGCAAGAGAUAUGACAGCUACUGCUAUUGAUAAUUUGAGAUACUUUUAUAUUCCCAAGAAGGGAAAGCAGCUGCAUACCAUGACUUAUUGGGUAGUUGGGGAUUUGAAAUAUUUGGAGUCGAGAGAACUUCUUCUAGCGGCUCUGGAACAUGCGAAAUCUGAAAACCACGUUCGAGUAACUUUUAUACCUAAUAUCGACGGAUCAAUGCGAAAUAUGAUCAACAAAUUAGUGUUAACUGCUUUGAACGAAUUUCCUCCCGAAAAGGCAUUAGAUUAUGUGUUAUCACUACUGAGAGAAGAUAAAGCAGCUCUUGAACUGGAAACCGGCGGACGUCUUAAAUUUCCACCCGAAUUUUCUGGGAAGGUAAAUUCCCAUGAGCUGAACUUAAAAAUGCUUAGGGUUUAUAGUAGACGCGUUCUGAAUCUAAAUGCAGGUGAAAGGGCUCUUGUAGCGAAUGGCAGACUUUUAGGUCCCAUCGAAAACGACGAAACUUUUACCACUGAAGAUUUCGCUUUAUUGGAACGUUUUAGUUCUGUAACAUAUCUGGAGAAAAUUAAUAAAGCGCUGGAGAAUCUUUCAGAUGAUGAUGAAGAUAUUUCUAGUAACUCAUUUUUCAAAAUCGUUUCAUUACUCGUUUCAAGACCACAAACUAGAACUAGAUUUGAAAUUUCAUUUAGUGGUGACGAAUACUCCGUUUUGAAAAUACCAGCGGCUCAUGCUGACAAAGUUGCGUUUGAUAUUGUGGCUGUGGUAGAUCCGGUGUCUCGGGGAGCCCAAAAAUUGGGUCCUAUUUUGCAAGUCCUACAAGAAGUACUUAAUGUUAAUAUCAGGGUGUUCCUCAAUAGUGUUGAAAAAAAUAGCGAUAUGCCGGUCAAAAGUUUCUAUCGUUUUGUUCUUGAGCCUGAAAUUCAGUUUACUGAAGAUGGUAAACAAACUGCGGGUCCAAUUGCGCGUUUUAGUAAUAUGCCAACGUCUCCUUUACUAACUCAGAAUUACCAUGUACCUGAAAACUGGUUGGUAGAAGUUGUUAGGUCAGUUUACGAUCUUGACAACAUUAGAUUAGAAGAUGUUGACAGCAAUGUGCACAGUGAGUACGAGUUGGAGUACCUUUUAUUAGAGGGUCAUUGUUUUGAAGCUACAUCAGGAAGUCCACCAAGAGGUUUGCAAAUUACUUUAGGCACAGAACGUCAACCUGUUAUAGUAGACACAAUAGUAAUGGCAAAUUUGGGGUAUUUUCAAUUGAAAGCCAAUCCCGGAGCUUGGUUAUUAAGGUUACGUCAGGGAAGAAGUGCAGAGAUUUAUGAUAUCGUCAGUCACGACGGUAGUGACACUCCAGUAAACUCUUCCGACAUUAAAGUACUUAUUAGUUCUUUGAGAUCUCAUAUUGUGAAGUUGCGAGUCCAGAAGAAACCUGAUAAAUAUAACAUGGACUUACUAUCUGAAGAUGAACCAAAUUCCGGAAUCUGGAAUUCCAUAACCAGAUUUUGUUUGCAUGCAGUCAGAUUUGCUAUAAGUUCCUUUACCAAAAGCGAUGACGAAACGGACGAAAAAUUAAAUAUAUUUUCACUGGCGUCCGGACAUCUUUACGAACGAUUUUUACGAAUUAUGAUGGUAUCAGUCCUCAAACACACCAAAACUCCUGUGAAAUUUUGGUUCCUAAAAAAUUAUUUGUCACCUCAAAUUAAAGAUUUCCUUCCAUAUAUGGCAAAGGAGUAUGGUUUUGAAUACGAAUUGGUUCAAUACAAGUGGCCCAGGUGGCUGCACCAACAAACCGAGAAACAAAGAAUCAUCUGGGGCUACAAAAUACUGUUCUUGGAUGUGCUUUUCCCUCUGGAUGUUAAAAAAAUCAUUUUUGUCGACGCCGAUCAGGUCGUAAGGGCAGAUCUGAAAGAACUUCAGGAAUUGGAUUUAGGGGGAGCACCAUAUGGCUACACACCGUUUUGUGAAUCUCGACGGGAAAUGGACGGUUUUCGCUUCUGGAAACAUGGAUAUUGGAAGAAUCAUCUACAAGGACGUAAAUACCACAUUUCGGCAUUGUAUGUUGUGGAUUUGAAACGGUUUAGAAGAAUAGCUGCCGGUGAUCGACUUAGAGGGCAGUAUCAGGCGCUAAGUCAAGAUCCUAAUAGUUUAUCAAAUUUGGAUCAGGACUUGCCUAAUAAUAUGAUACAUCAAGUAUCAAUUAAGUCACUCCCGCAAGAGUGGUUGUGGUGUGAGACGUGGUGUGAUGAUGAUUCUAAAGCGAGAGCCAAGACUAUAGAUUUAUGUAAUAAUCCUAUGACUAAAGAAGCGAAGUUGACAGCAGCAAUGAGGAUACUUCCUGAAUGGAAGGGGUAUGAUGAUGAAAUCAGGAAAUUACAGAUAAAGAUUGAUUCCGGUGUGUUAGAUGAUGAUCCUGCUGAAAAUGUUAAUAUACCAGAAACGGCUGAUAGGCAUACCGAAUUAUGAUUAUGUUGUAAAUUAAUUCUUUCACUAGGUAUGUUAAAUGUACAGUACUUUUUUUUAAUAAAUACAUUGUAAAGUA